CGCAUUUUUGUCUACCUGUCCUCUUGGCUACGUGAAUGUAAUUACUCAAGAUCAGACAAUGUGCCGUCAGAAAGUUCAGUUACAAACGUGGAUGUUAAAAGUAAAUGACAUGGGAUUACAACGAGAUACAGAUAGGCAAAUUUUUGAAGCGGCAACCGAGUUCUAUCAAGGACAAAUUUCAGCAACCAUGGAGUUCAUUAGGUUUGUCAUCAUGCACGGACUAAUGAAGUACGCCUCAGUAUACUUGAACAAUAGAAAACAGCAGGAUAUGAAAUCGCCUUUAAUUGACUUGCAUUUACAAAUUGUUUUCCAGUUUAUUUUUUCUUUUUACGUAACUACUUUAAGCGUUUACUUAGACUACUAAGUAAAAAUUCUCGAUGAAAAACAGGUUCGAAGAUCGCCGGUCAAGGUAUUUCUCUUCUUUUUUUUUAUUUCUUAUUUCUUGCAUAUCUUCAUAGUGAUGCCAUCAGAGCUGCAUCUCUUCAGUCACCACUGGGCCGUUAACCAGCGUGCUCUCGAAAAUACGUCUCCUUACUAGUUAUAUUCGCUAUUUAAAUUUUUAACCAAUAGUUUUAGGCCUUGAACCGAUUUUUUUCUAAAAUUGGAACAUGGCAAACCCAAUUCGCAGAAUGCAUUUCUUAUUCAUAUUAGUUCUAACUUUAUUCGCUAACUUCAACGAUGGACAAAGAAUCGGUUCGUCUCUGCGGCCUCUUCAUUAUGACCUGGUUUUGUUGCCGAUUAUUAGCGGAAGCAGUCCGCGAUUGUGCGGUCAUGUUUUCAUCGAUUUAGAGCCAACAACCUCUACCAAUGUGGUAACGUUCCACGGAGUCGAUAUUACCCUACUCGACGUGAGUGUAGAACCAGUUCUAGGCGUCAGGAACGGAACGACAACCAAUUUCUCCGAUGACCGAUUUCUUCAGUUAGAAGAUCUUUGUUUUUCCGGCCUUUUCGUGUCAGUUUCUCGUGUCUUCCAGAGAAUUCAGGAUGAUCCAGAAAGGCAACAAUUCAGUAUUAUUCUCAAACAAAGCUUGAAAAAGGGCAAAAGAUACCGUAUCGGUCUACUUUACAUGGCCAAUGUAAGAGACGAAAGUAAAGGAUUUUACAGGAUAAACUACAAGACAAAUGACGAUUCUUGCUGCCACGAAGGUUGGUUUGGAGGAACGCAGAUGCAAGUAACGGAAGCUCGCAAGGUGUUGCCUUGUUUGGACGAGCCAGGCUUCAAAUCAACGUUUGAUAUCAUUGUCGGUCACAACAAAGCCAUGUCUGCUCUGGCCAACAUGCCUGAAAUGGCCACCGUUCCCAUGGUGAACACGCGGGACUGGAUGUGGACCAGUUUUUCCAGAACACCGCUGAUGCCCACCUAUCUGCUGGCCAUGUUUGUAACCGAUUAUCAGCAUUUGGAGCAGGUCUAUCAGGUCGGGGACCGGACUGUCAAAUUGCGCUACUGGGGUCGCCCGGAACAGCUUCCACACUUCAAACAUAUUAUGGAGGUCACUCCAAAAAUGUUGCACUAUAUGGAAACAUACGUGAACCAACCAUUCUCGUUACCAAAACUUGAUUUCAUAACCGCUCCGAUCGACCUUCAUUUUGAGGCCAUGGAAAAUUGGGGUCUCAUUCUAUUUCGUGACGACAAGCUUUACCAUAAUGAGGAAACAGAUAGUGAAGAUGAUCGCUUCUAUCGUACUCAAAUAAUGGCACAUGAAUUGGCGCAUCAGUUCUUCGGUAACUUGGUGACAUGUGAUUGGUGGAGCGACAUCUGGUUUAACGAAGGAUUCUCCAGCUUUUUAGAAGUCGACAUAAUAAAUCACGCCAUGCCCAACGAAACGUUCCGUCCUGAAGCCGCACAGUUGAAGGGCAUUCGGAAUGCAAUGAAAUUUGAAGAGAAGCAUGUGAAACCUCUUACCGUUGUCCGACAGGUGGAAACGGCUGACGAAGCCGAUAGAAUGUUUGAUGCCAUCAGUUAUAGUAAAGGAAACGGUUUACUGCUGAUGUUACGCAACUUUGUUGGACAAGAGACUUUCCAGAUCGCAGUCGCCACCUACAUGGAACGUUUCCAAUUUCAGAGUGUCAACAGUCAACGUUUUAUGGAGAUUUUGGAUGAAGAACUUCACCAAGAUCGUGAAUUUGGACGGACAAUGAAUGUAACAAAGAUAAUGAACUCGUGGACUGGACAGCCAUCCUAUCCGAUCGUUCGUUGUUCCAAGACUGGCGAUGGCCGGAUCAGACUUUCUCAGGAGCCCUUUCCGAUGUCUUAUAACUAUUCUUCACAUGGGAAGGACACCCGAUUGUGGUGGAUCCCACUAGCCAUGACGGACGCCAAACGACCAGAUUUUAGUCAUGGAGGAACAUAUCCGAGAAUUUGGCUUACGCCAGACCGUCCGACGUUGGAGAUUCCCUAUUUCCCACCGUUAUCGAGACAUCAAGCAGCUGAAGAUGCGGAGAAUAGUUGGAUUUUCAUAAACGGACAAUCAUCUAGUUACAUCCGCGUUUUAUACGACAAAUCCAAUUGGCGUCUCUUAUCUAAACAGCUAAUGAUCAAUCACACUGUUAUUCCGAAAGUUUCUCGGGCUCAACUGAUCGACGAUGCUUUCACGCUGGCUGUAGCCGGACUAUUGGAGUACGAAACAGUUUUGGACCUCAUUGAGUAUUUGACUUUGGUGAACGACGAGUUUGUUCGUUCUACGAGCCAGUUUCACUUGCAAUGGAUGAAGGAACGCUCGAGACAUAAUGAAUCGCUCUAUCAACUUUUCGGGGAAUACACAAGAAGAUUUAAAUAUGAAAAAAUGGAUAAAGGUGAAUCGGACGAAUACCACAAUUUAAUACGACUUGAUGCUUUCGAUCCAUUGGACGGAAUCGACUGUCAUAACUGGAGUGACGGAGUAUGCGUAGAUCAAGUUUUACGUCUCUUCCGCGCUCAGAUGACCGGUACAAUUACUCCAGGAGAAAAACGGGCGAUGUUUGAAAAUCUGGAGCGCAACUGGUGCGUAGUGAUACGACACGCUGGGAAAGAAGAGUGGGAAUGGGCAUGGCGGGCAACUCUACGUGAUCUCUCAUCUACCCAACGGAUCAAAAUAUUGUCUGCCAUGACUUGCACUCCACACCGUGGCCAGCUGAAACAGCUUCUAGCGCGAGUUUUUUCUCCCACGAUCGAUCAGAAUCCACAUGAAACGUUUAAAACGAUUGAAAAAAUGGCUGAAAAUCCGGUGGCUCGUUCGAUGGUGCUAAACUUCAUCAAAAAUAAUUGGGAGAGCCUAGAACGACAUUUUAAAAGAUCUGGGGAAACCUUGAAGCUACUAGCCUCGGCAGCAAAACAUCUAAGCAACGCGGAAGACUUAGAUGAGAUGUCUCAGCUGAUAUUCGAAUUACAAAACAAGGACAACAAACUAGAUCACUCCGUCACGGAAGGCAUUUUAGACGGCAUUCGAUCGAAUAUUCGCUGGGCCGAGAAAAAUUUAGAUGAAGUUUAUUCUGUUCUAGCAGCUCGGGUAAUCACUAGACGAACGGAUAAAUCCUUCACGAGCCCCUACGUCAAUACGAUUUGAACUUCCAAAACCCCUUGAUCAUUGUAAUCUCGUACCAAUUAUUUUUUGUCUUGUUUCUAUUCAAGUUAUUUUGUGUGUGGUUAUUGCAUACUUCCGAAUUCGGUUUAAUAGUUAUUAAAAAUAAUACGAGAAUUGAUCGGGAACCCAACAUUAUAAAAUUAGGUUCAAUUGGAACUGUGACUAGUAGUUUUGAUGGUAUGACGUAUUAAAGGGAAAUCGUCAAAUUAA